AUGAAGGAAGUCCAAUCCAUUCUCAGUCUCGAGAACAUCACCCUGGCAGAUUCCGAAUCGUUCAACAACCUCGAUGAAAACACCGCGAAAAAUGCAUCGCCCGAACGAAGCAUUUUGAGGGAACUGAUUGACCUGCCAACUGUUAACACGGGACUGUUAAAAAGUAUUCAUCAGUUUCUAGCCGCCGGUGGUUUUUCUGAUGAACGGAUUAGUGAGUUCCUGGAACACUGGAAUCAAACAUACUAUGACGUCAAAAAACCACUCUUUGACAACUUUGUGGAGACAGUAUUCGACAGAGAAGACACAACCACUUUUGAUUCAUUUAUCAAUACAGAGAAUAACGAACUUAACGGUCGUCGAAAAAUGCUUCAAGACGUUCAUCACUAUCAUGCUGAAUAUCAAAGAAGCAAUAAUCUGAGCAAUUCAUCCCUGGAGAAAAUGAUUGCUCUACUCAUUGCAACCGAUUACAUUCAACCAAACUUUUUCCUCUUCUUCAAUUUUGCCUGCGAACAGCCGGACACAACUUUGAAGACACACCUGUUGAACUCCAUUUUCAAUCUCAAUUUGGUCGGAUACGAUGAAGAAAACGACAAGAGACUCGCCCUCAGACUUAUCAACAAUCCUUGA